CUUAUGGGAGAGCUGUCAGGGAGGGAGAUAGGAGUCUCUCGGCGGAACGGGCAGAAUACACAACCCGAGCACUGUUGGACUUUGGAUUGCUUUGGACCAGGAUCUUGAUAUCGAGCAUUUUGUGACAUUUGUUAAGUUCAAUAAUAUUGCGUCGUUGGUGCAUGUGCAUUUUAACAUUCACAGUUUGCAUCUACCCCCUAAACCCGUGCCCAAUGCCGAGGAAUGGAUAGUGUGUCUGAUAAAGGUGGAAAGAUGGUCAAGAGUGAUGAGCAGUCGGAGAGGGAUAGUGGCGGUGGCGCAGCCAUGGCAGCUCUACACCAAUGCGAACUCAUCCAGAACAUGAUUGAAAUCUCCAUAUCCAGUUUACAGGGGCUCCGGACCAAAUGUGCCGCGUCCAACGAUCUCACACAGCAAGAGAUACGUACUUUAGAGGUGAAGCUGAUGAAGUACAUCUGUAAGCAGCUGCAGUGUAAGCAGAAAGUGCCGAAGACAGAGAGGCCUCAGGCCUUGGACAGCUACCCACGGCUGGGGGACUGGCUGCGCACCGUCAACCUGAGACCUGAGCUCAUUGAGGCGGUGCCGGUGAAGCUGUCCUUGGAUGCCUUGCUGCAGAUGCCAGGUUCUCACGUGCGGGAGACCAUGAGGAGACUGGGCUCCAGUUUAGAGGAGUGUGCCAGGCUCAGCGCUGCCCUCUCCUGCCUGAAGAGCGCCACUGAAUCAGAUGGAGAGUUAAGAGAGGAUGGGGGGCCAUGGUUCUCUGAGCCCACCCGGCGAGACAGUGGCUCUCUGCUGCUGCCUCCCGAACAGCUGUUGGGAGGGAUGGGGGGUCCGAUGCGCCCCCACAGCCCCUCUUCCCUAGCUCGGCCCCCCACCACCCCAUCCACUCCCUCCACCCCCUGCACUGCCUGUGCCCAUCCCCGGUCCUUCUCCGUGUCUACAAUGCCCAGUCCCGAGGCCCACGGGGCUGACAGCCCUCUCACAGACCCCUUCCCCCUCUCCACCACCCGACAGGGGCUACUCCAUGGCCACACCUCCACCCCGCCCCUCACCCCGCCCUCCAAGAGACGCCACAGGCUGAAGCCCCCCUGCACCCCGCCGCCCCCCUCCCGCAAGGUGCUGCACCUUCUGCCCAACAUCACCCUGACCCGCAGCAAGAGCCAUGAGUCCCAGCUGGGGAACCGCAUCGAGGAGCCGCCAACCAACAAGUGUGCAAAGAAGAAUAAGUUGUUCCUCAACGUUCAGAUCAAUGGGAAUGGCUGUGAGGUCUCGCUCUCCCGCUCCCCCCACCGGUCUGCCCGCACCCCCGGGGCUUCCACCCCUGCCCCCGCCACCGCCCCCUACACCCUACCUGGCACCCCUACUCUGAUGGAGGAGCAUUCAUUCCACCUCAAGAAUAACAUGGGGUUGCACCGUGGCUCUCCACAGACAGUGAGGAGAGACAUAGGCCUGGCCGUCACUCACAGGUUUUCCACCAAGUCGUGGCUGUCUCAGACGUGUCAGGUGUGUCAGAAGAACAUGAUGUUUGGGGUGAAGUGUAAACACUGCAGGUUAAAGUGCCAUAACAAGUGUACUAAAGAAGCUCCCUCCUGCAGAAUCUCUUUUCUGCCAAUCACCAAAAUCCGGAGGACUGAGUCUGUGCCAUCUGACAUCAACAACCCUGUGGAUCGGCCAUUAGAGGCACCACAGUUUGGCACACUACCAAAGGCCAUCACCAAAAAGGAUCACCCCCCUGCGCUGAACCAGUUGGACUCCAGCAGUAACCCGUCCUCCACCACCUCCUCCACACCAUCCUCCCCUGUCCCUUUCCAGAACCCUCCCAGUGCCACCCCGCCCCCCAACUCCUCGCCCAAGGUCCACCGGGACAACCGCUUCCACUUCCCAGCUGCCUGCUACUUUCAGCAUAGACAGAAGUUUAUCUUCCCUGAUGUGUCCAGUUCUACUACGUUGCACUCUGAAGCCCUCCAUGACACAGUUGAGACUGAACCAGCAGAUGACAUGCACGCUGAACUGGCCGAGGAUGAGGACGGAGAGGAGGAAGAGGAGGAUGAGGAGGUGGUUGAACCUGAGAUCGACCCAGACCCAGUAGUGGAGGAGGAAGAUGGGGAGGAGGAAGAUGAUGAUGAAGAUGGGAGUGGGAUGAAUGGGGGUUCGGACGGUGAGUGUGAUGGUGAUGAGUUGGAUGACCUGCCCAACUCACGGGGAGGUCGCUGGAAAGGCCCCAUCUCCCGUAAGGCCAGCCAGACCAGUGUCUACCUGCAGGAGUGGGACAUCCCCUUCGAACAGCUGGACCUGGGAGAGCUCAUUGGGAAGGGCCGUUGGGGCAAGGUACAUAAGGGCCGUUGGCAUGGAGAGGUGGCCAUCAGGCUGCUUGAGAUAGAUGGGAACAACCAGGACCACCUGAAGCUGUUUAAGAAGGAGGUGAUGAACUACAGACAGACCCGUCAUGAGAACGUGGUCCUCUUUAUGGGGGCAUGCAUGGCCCCGCCCCACCUCGCCAUCAUCACAAGUUUCUGUAAAGGGAGGACGCUAUACUCUGUCGUUCGAGACACCAAAAACACACUUGAUAUAAACAAGACGAGGCAAAUUGCUCAAGAAAUUGUAAAGGGAAUGGGCUAUCUGCAUGCCAAAGGCAUUGUCCACAAGGACUUGAAGUCGAAGAACGUCUUUCAUGACACCAAUAAAGUCAUUAUUACAGACUUUGGUCUGUUUGGGAUCUCUGGAGUGGUUCAGGAGGGGAGGCGAGACAAUGAGCUGAAGCUUCCACAUGGCUGGAUCUGUUACCUGGCGCCAGAGAUCGUACGCAGGAUGAGCCCUGGAAACAACGAGGACCGCCUGCCCUUCUCCAACGCUGCAGACGUCUACGCUUUUGGCACCAUUUGGUACGAGCUCCAAGCCAGGGACUGGCCUAUCACCAACCAGCCUGUGGAGUCUACCAUCUGGCAGGUGGGGAGUGGUGAGGGCAUCAAGAAGGUCCUGGCAGAGAUCAGCCUGGGAAAGGAGGUCACGGAGGUCCUGUCUGCCUGCUGGGCCUACGACCUGAGGGAGCGGCCCACCUUCACCCAGCUGGCUGACAUGCUGGAGAAGCUGCCCAAACUCAACCGGAGACUGUCCCACCCUGGACACUUCUGGAAGUCUGCAGAGUACGUAUCCUAGAGGUAGAGGUGGAGGCAUGGGAGGAGGAUAUGUCCUGCCUGCCCUCCCAUGCACUCUGAACCUUGACUGGGCUCUGACUCGUCUGGAAUGGACUUGUGUAUAAAACAAAGGGGUUCAACUGAAGGCAUGUAAAGGAAGAACCCCAGAUUGCUGUGAGGUAUUAAGCCCACUGAUGUAAAACUGAUGGGGACUAGGCAGGGUAUGCCUGAGUAGACUCUUGGUAGUAGUUUAUGUUCAUGAUAGUCAUGAGCCACAUUAGCAUCUGAUGGUCCACUACAAAUACAUUGACCACUGUAAUAUGAGAGACGGUGGUUUCGAAUGGUGAAACAUUUAGCAUUUAGAAAUGAACCAUAUGCGAUGCUAAGGGAAUGUUCUCUGUUUUAUCUUCUAUUUCCAAAACUCUAUCUCCCCCAGGAUGUGACUGUGAGUUGAGUGCACUUUUCUGUUUAAAAGCAUUGUUUUGUCCCUCCCUUUCCUGGACAUUUUCUUGACCUGCUCUGUACCUCUACAUCUCCCCACCCCUCUCCUCUUCUCAUAUGUUAGAUAUACAGUACCUGGUCCAGAUUUCUCUCCACCUUUACUCCUCUCCUACCAUCUCUCUCCUGCUCGUUCUCUGUAAAUUUGGACCGACUUUGGGAAACCCUGUGCUAGUGGAAACUGCUUGGCUACUGGUCUUCUGUUUGUAUUUAAUCACAAGCUGGCCUCUUCCAACACUAUCAGUAAUGAUACCACAGAUGCCCCAACAAAGGCUGUCUGCAUAGCAUGCCAGAGCUUGAAUGGAAAGAGAAGCACUUACCAGCUUGCUUGGUGUUUGCCAUGGUCUGUUGGGACACUUUGCGUGGACUUGUGAAUCCUGAAAAAGCUUUCUGUGAGAAAGCUCAUCUGAGCUUUCUGUGGUACAGAAAUCUGUCCCCUUGUUUCAUGUUGAAGUAUUUUCCUGUCUACUCUACUGCGCUGGCCUUCUUCUCAAAUCAUUCUCUCUUAAUGUUACACUUGUUAGUAUAGUUUCACUAACAGUCUCUAACCUCCUUGUUUUCCUUUGUUCUCUCUCUCUUUCUGUCUUCCUAAUAUAGGUUGUAGCCGUCACUAUGAAACAUAAGCAAUGCAAAACAAACAAAGCCUGGGUCUGCCUUGCAUGCUCCUGAAAUCCUUAACUCUUAGGAUUGAUCAAAGCAUUGACUCUGCCUGAUACAGACACUGCUUCCACUAACCCACAGCCUGAUCUUACAUGUCUAUUAAACUGUAGUGUUUCCUUGUGUGGGAGAGAAGGGUGCUGGACUGAGGAGAUCGAGGGUAGUGCUUCACUACCUUUCCUUCCUUCGUCUCAAAACUUCUUGCCUUCAUUUUUAUUUUUUGGACUAUCUGAGACUUGUGAGUAAGUGGUUCGUGGUGUCUGUGCUGAGACUGACUGGUAUGCUGUUGCCUGUGCCUUGUGGCUGAUGGCUGGUCUGCUGUGUUCUGCUCCGUCUGCAGCCUGCCCAGCUCCCAGACGACGUGGCCCAGACACUCGUUGGGCCAAACCAAUGGUUUUAACUCUUCCUAUCACAAAUGGUCCUCUGCAUUCACUCCCUCCUCCUCUUUUUUCAUUGUGGUCUUGAUGCUUCAGGCUGCUUGAGUGAUGUAAUCCAACUGCCUCUUGCCUCUUAGCUCUAUGCAGUUUUUCGAUGGCAUGCGCUGCGACACUGUCACCGGGCUGCCCCAUGUCUGCCUUCUGGUCACUCACUACCUGUAAACAUUAUUUCAAAUGCAGAAAAAACUAUAAGAUACAAACUGUCACCUUUUUGUUGUUGGUUCCUAUUUAGAGUAAUCAUUUUUGCAGUGUUAAUUUUUUUGUUCCAUGAAAGUUGAAAGGACAAAGGUCUCAGGAAUUGGGAGAGCAUUAUUUAAUUGACUCUUGCCUCUGUGUUGCUUGUCUGAGUAGAAUCUGAUGAAACCAUACAUUUUAAAAUGGCUCAGUGCAUAAAUGAAGAAUUAAUAUGUUGAAACCGCAGUUCACAGGAGGUGUCAGCAUGCAAUGGGACCUUCCUCUCAUCAUCUCACUGCCCACUGGAAAUGGAAUUCUGUUGGUUAUUUAUGACUGAAGGUAUUUGAUGAUGAAGUGAGUGCCCUGAUUAUUAAAAGGCAUAAGAGGGCGCCAUAGAGAAACAAGAGAUGCCUUCUCUCAGCCUGUGAGUGGUGUAGAGAGGUAGACCUUUCAAGUAGUUUAGUAGAUUCCUAAACAGCGCAAAAAAAUUUGAACAAGAACCUGCCGCAAAAGUGUCCUAUAAUUUACUCCUUAAACAUAAACUUCUUGUGCACGCUUGUGUGUAUUAUGUUUGUGAUUGCUAGCCUCAGUUGGUGUGCUUGUAUUUGUGUUUGUUUGUGAGUGUGUAUGUGCGAGUGAGUGUAUUGUAUUGGAAUAUGUAGGGUUGAUUUAGUGAAAGACUGCAGUAAAUGGUAUAUUGACGAUAUCAGUGGUGUCUAAACUAGACAUGUAUAUACAUUAUUUAAUGUACAGCUAAUUAACACAAUUGUUUUAAUAUUUGUACAAACAUUUUAUAUGUACUAUACAUCUUUGCAUUUUUAAAUAGGUACUGCUCCCCUAUUACAGAUGUAUAUAUCUUUAUAUUUUUUAAUGUACAAAAUACUGUAAAAAUACUGUACAUUUUUUUUCGAAUGUUUUUUAUGUCAUGUAAAAAUUCAUAUUUUUGUAUUGCAUGUGGCUACCAUUCUGUAAACACAGUUUCUGUUUUCAUCCUUGAAAGACAAUAAAAUGAAGCUUGUCAUGUGAUAAUUUAUGUUUGAGUUGAAUUUAAUAAAGUAUUUGAGUUAUGUUA